UGAAAUCGGCAGUAAUCAUGAAGGUUUUUUAGCUUCGGCUCCAGUCAAAGCCCACGCUAUUGCAGGCGAAGACUAUUGUAUAUUAGCUUCUGAUACUCGUCAAAAUGCAGCAAUUUCUUUGAAUGGAUAUGCAGCAGAUGGCAUUGCAAUGGUUAAGAAACUUAAACAAAAGAUGGAGUGGUAUAAACACGCACACGAUAAAGAGAUGUCAACACCAGCUUUGGCUCAAAUGAUUGCAAUCGCAUUAUAUAUGAAACGAAAAGGAGUUAUUUAUCGUUUUGAUCCAGUUGGUUCAUUUGAGCCAGUGCCUUGUAAUGCUAUACCAUUACCACUUGAUAAAGCAAUUACUAUCGCAAAAGAUGCAUUUACAUCAGCUGUAGAAAGAGAUAUGUACACUGGUGAUUAUUUAGAAAUAUUUGUUAUUACAAAAGAUCGAGUUGAAAUUCAAUCAUAUGAUUUGAAGAAAGAUUAA